CGCAAAUCCACCGUAAUCGAAGUCACUCCUAGGAGAGCAACUGUUCGACCAUCUGUGGUAAAGUUGAAUUUCGAACCGAGGGAGACUCUUAGUGCCUUCCAAAGACGGAAGGCUUAUGAUAAUGCACGACGAAAAAGCCUCAUGCCAUCUACUUCUCACCGAAUUGAUCCACGACGGAAAUCCAAUUCUAUCGCUUUGUGGGCUGCUAGUCGACGGGAUCGAUUUGCCUCCGAACGAGAUGCUAAACGCAUUGAAGGUCGGCGGGCGCGUAUAAACAGGAACCGAGCCGGUUUGAAUGAGUGA